CUCACCAUGAAGAUUCCUUCAGUCGUUCCUGUGCUCGCCUUGAUGGCUGCACAGAGCGCCAACGCACACACCCUCUUUGCCGAGCUCUACGUCGAUGGCAAGGCCCAGGUAGGCACAGACUCCGUCUCUCUUGACAGCAACGACAUGGCCUGUGGUGUUGAUGGCACUAAGGGUGUUGCACGCGUCUGCUCUAUCAACAGCGGCUCCGCUCUGAGCUUCGAGUUCCGCGACUGGCCUGACAACCCAUCAAUUGGCAGCAUCGACAUCUCUCACAAGGGACCUUGCGCUGUCUAUCUCAAGAAAGUUGACUCUGCUAUCAACGAUGAAGGCGCUGGUGAUGGCUGGUUCAAGAUCUGGGACGAGGGAUAUGACGAGUCGGCUGGCAAAUGGUGCACCGAGAAGCUGAUUAUCAACAACGGCCACCUCAGCGUCCAGAUGCCUCAGGGCCUUCAAGGCGGCUACUACCUUGUCCGUCCCGAACUUCUCGCUCUCCACAAUGCAGACAAGGGUGAUCCUCAGUUCUAUGCUGGCUGUGCUCAGGUCUGGCUCGACUCUGCUGGCAGCCAGCUUCCUCAACACACCGUCUCCAUCCCAGGCUAUGUUGACUACAACCAACCAUCCACCUCCUUCAACAUCUGGAACGAGCCGAUGGCGUUGCCCUACCCUAUCCCUGGUCCUGCGGUCUAUGCUCCUUCAUCCUCUGCCAAUGUUGGCAACCAGAAGCUAAGAGUGUCCCAAGAGAAGCAGACUGAAGGUCUCGCCCCCAAUGACUGCAUCAUCACCAACGGCAAUUGGGACGGUAUUGAGCUUGACAAGUAUAGUGACCAAGCCGGCUGCUGGAACGCCAGCACGGCUUGCUGGGCUCAAGCCAAGGAGUGUUACGCUACUGCUCCUCCUACUGGUAACACUGGCUGCAAGCUCUGGGAAGGCAAGUGCCAGAACAUCAACGACCAGUGCAGUGCUGGCAACUACAACGGUCCUCCCGACUACAUGAAGAACCUCAACCCUNNCCCCCCCAGACAGGUCAAUCUCCCUGCCGCAGUGUCUGCUCAGAAUGGCGACGGUUCCUACCUCCCAGCCACCGCCGGCAGCACGCCCGCCGCUACCACAUUCAAGACGUCUGCUCUCGUCGCCAAGGCCACAUAUGCCGCUCCUUCAUCGAAUGGCAAUUCGUUCACCGUGUCCACCGAAGGCAACUGCGGCAACGGCGUGACCUGCAAGGGUUCGAGCUUCGGGGACUGCUGCUCCAGCCACGGCUACUGCGGCUCCAGCGAUGAAUACUGUAGCGCUGGCUGUAACAGUGCCUUUGGCACUUGCGGCGCUCAGUCUAAGAGAGACGAGCACAACCACAUGCGCAUCCACAAGCGUACUGUCCGUGAUGGCGUCAAUACCAGAACGGUCUUAUGA